AAGAGGUUCAUCGUGGACAACUGUAGACAAAAGUCGUUCUUUGAGAGCACGACCAUUAGACCUCAGAUCAAAAAUCUGAUCGCAUCCAUUCCUGUAUCUCGUCAAAAUCGACAACAGAUUAUGACGCCGUCCAGCUCUACUUCCUCUUGCUCCUGUUCUGGAAGGAUGUUCGUCUUGCAACGCCUCCGCUCCAUGAUUCUUGUUGUCGCGUUGGCGACGAAUUACACAGUUCCAGGAGCAGAGGCGUUUUUCCGAGUGCGGCGCCUUCAGCGGGUUCGCAGUGCUCCCCAACAACCUGACGCCUCCGGUGCAGCAGAACACCCUGGUGGGUUAGACUUGAUCGAUCUGGGUCCUACCUACAACGCUCAGCUUCACGACGUUUUUCGUGAAAAGUCUUUGGAAGAGGAAUUGGGUCCACUUUUUGCGACUCAGAAACCCAAGCCUGACACGAGCUACCUUGCACCUCCAUUUCCUGCUGCAGGAGGAGCAGCGCCCUGGGAGCCAAACUUCACGCCCACCUUUGCUCCACAGAUUAAGGCUGUAACUUCUCGAAAAAAAUAGAUUGUCUUUGUCUCGACGGAACGAAGAAAGUGUUCAUCUGAGUUUCAUCUGCGGUACUUGGAAUUUCUUGAUUAGACAUCACUUACUAAACAUGAUGAUGAUGUUGACAGCAGAUUUAUUAUCUGUUGAGAACGAACGCGAACCUGAUGAACAUGGAAAAGUAAUACGGUCUUCGAUGCGUACAAGAACUAGCUGUAGCUCUAAGCAUCAGAGUCCGGCGGACUCAUCUUCUUUUGUCCCGUCUUCAACAGCGAGUCCGAGCACGUCGAUCAGUCGAACCGGAUCAGUCGAGGACACACCGACACACGGAGGAUACGCGCCAGCGCCAGCAACUGCUUUCUUUCCUACGUCGUUUCCAGCAACGCAGGAAGCGGGUGCCGCAACUGCAGUAAAACGCCAGCCUGUAAGUAGUGAUACACCGGGAAGCGGGACAAUUAUUGUUAAGACAAUAUGCCGUAUAUUGUUAUCGUUUAAUUAUAGCACGAAUGGAAAAGCUCAACAGGGAUCGCUUGUUGGCGUUCCAGGUCCGCCGGCGCUCGUCCCGCAUGGAAUCUACCCAUUGCCCAUAGGCGGGCCGGCUCGUGAGGGAACAGGCCCGGACCACAGUGAAGGAAGAGGGGGGGCCUGUGGGGUAAGCGCAAGCGGUGCGGGCAUAAGUGAAGCGGCCCAAGGCCAUCCCGCCCUUGCGGGUCCUGGCCGUGCUGCCGGGCAGGGUAGGGGAAAUAUCUUCGUGUCUGGCCUUGGGCCCGCAACGGUAGCGUGCCAAGCGCUCCGCUCAUGGCCAGGCGUGCCGCGAGGGUGGAGCUGAAGGUAGCUGUCCGGCGCAAUCGGCGGCGGUCGCCUAAACAGGAACCGGUGUCCACGAAAGUGGGGCGCCUGAAGGGCGCCCCGUGCGUGAGGGUCUCCGGCUAGGUGCUGACCAUACGGCGGGUGGACGCGGGUGAGUGCGGAGCGUUAUCGUAGAUGUAGCCUGGCGCUACAUCAAGACUGGUAGCGCAACAGCAGGGCGCCUGAAGGGCGCCUCGCUUUUGAAGGUCUAGGUGGUCCACGAAUGGAACGAAUGGCGGGACCAGUCGAAGCCAUGGAUGGGGUGCCUCCCAUUCGUGCCAUUCGUGCCAUGCCACUCGAGAUCUGGAACUCUUAGAAACUAUUCUGAGUUGUAGAAUCCAUGCCCAUGGGCGUGGUCUAGCAGAUACAAUAGCGCACUUUCCUGCGUGGGUCGUCAUAGUUCUUGAAGGUCUCGCGCAUUUUCCUGUGAGAGUCGUCAUAGUUCUCUAUAACUAUAUAUAUAUUUAUAAGUUUUUAAGUAGAUGAUGAACAUUGAAGAUGUUGCGGAUGCGCGUCUAUCGAAACAGGCAAUAAAUAUAAUUGAUAUUCUGGAAGAUGCAGCGGUGAUAAGGUAUUGUGUUCGCUUUUUUCGAGUACAUGAUCCACCUCUAAAAUAAGUGCACAGCCGCGUGACGAAGAUGAUUCCAACAAAGCUGAAGAUUGGAGUACGAGUACUAGCGUUUCUGCUGCAACGCAUAAGGGUGAAGAAGGUGGUACUCGAGGCAAUGUUGGCAUUGCGUCUGGUCGAGUAGCCGCUUCCGGUUAUGGUGGCAGAAAAGCGUCUUCAACAACACCGUUGCUCAAGGCUUCGGACCGCAAUCCUCCUCCGCGUCGUAAUUUUGGCAAAGGCGCCGCUCAUCCGCCCGGCGCAGAUGAGCGAGGAGCUCACACUAUUGGUGGGUCCACUUCCACAUUUGUCGACGCCACCGCUGCAUCACGAAUGCCAGAACAGGAUCCACCUUUAUGGACUGUAAGUACUUGGAUUCACAUUAUUGGACGAGAGAUGUAGAUCAACAGACUAAGUACUUCUGUUGAAAACGGGCUCACGUAGUCGUGAACACAAAUGAAGUUCAUCUGGUCCUGUUCAACUCCUGUUUUCCAAACGCCUUUUUGAAUCUUCAUCUUAUUUCUAACAUGUUCUUCUUCCUCCACGCCAUCCACAGCGACUGGAGCCGCGACGUUACAGACAGUAUCUUCGGCCGGUGUCUCCCACGUGUCUACUACUGUGCCCCAGAGUGACACGGUGGAUCUGCUUGGAUUCGAUGCCGAUGAGAGAGCAUCUUCAUCAUUGCAGCAUGGUGGUCCGAAUCCGGGGCACCAGCAGGAUGAAACUGAGGCUGCUGCUGCAGGAAACAUCAAGCAGUCAUCUGCUGAUGUCGAUGAGAAUGGGACUGCAUGCUACGACGAUAGCUUCUAUCAACAAGGGGCUGGUUCAGCUUCCAGCAGCAGCUGCGUGACCACGAGUGCUGCGGCAAGGACAACUGGUACUAGUGGAUCGUCCGGUACAGAUACAGAAUCAUCAAAAAAAUCCACCGGCGCACCAGUUGAGAAAUCUUCAACCCCUGGCGUUAUGACGUCGAAAGGUGCACCAUACAUGACAUCCGAUGAAGCUGAGCAGUUUCAAGAAUGGAAACGACAGGAGUAUGAGAAGCAGAAUCACGGUCCCAAUGGAUUGCACUUACCAUUAAGACCAUCCUUCUUCUAAUCUAGAUUUAACAACGCUUUUUUACUUCUAGUGUUUACUUCUCUGCGAGUUUGUCCUUCCCUUGAUGUGACGAGAGUUGAGAGUGAGCGAAGUACUGUCUGUUUUUCCUCUCGAGUUCAACGUCCUCUUCUUGGUCAAGAUGAUACAGGUUGGCUAACAACACCCUUUACAUACAUGUUCUAGAUCUAGAUGAACAACUUCUACUAGUACGCUGUAGAUGAUCAACCUGGAUAAUUAUAUUUUUAACUUCUAGUCAUCUAGAAGACGACCCAGUGGAUUAUAGAACUAGUUUUUAGAUGACCACGAUGCGAAGGGUAUUCCCGAAAAUUAUGGUGCAACUGCUCAGAUAGAAGAUCUACAUCCUCUUAUCUAGUAUCAUAUGAGACUACCCUGAAAUCACACUGUUUCAGUGUGAGGGGCAUGAUUCAGAUUGCUGAGGGGGGGUAAUAUAUUUCUUAGGUAUGUUACACGCCACAUGAAGGAUCAACACUUUUGCACAGCUCUAAAGCCGGCUGGAGAGACGAUGCCUGUGGAGCCUAUGAGUGGGAAACUGAAAAUCAAGUGCCCCCGCUGCAACGAGCACCUCUCACUCUACUGUUUAAGGUCACACCAGCCUAUUAUAAUUCUUCUUGAUAAAAAUAACUCGAUAAAUUUUUAGUACAAACAACAGUGAUUUUUAGUACAAACAACAGUCCUCUGGAUGAACUGAAAUUGAUGAACAAUUUGAUGGAGAGGCUUUUAGAAUAUCGUGAACAACAAGGAAACAUUACAGCACGUUCAUCUUUCCCUCUAACUUUUCAAGCAGACUCCCCGUACCAAACUAUGAGCUGUUAUUGUGACGAGCACCCGGCGGCUAAGGGAAAGGGGCCACUCAAGCUGCGACCGGGACCUGAUGGCGAGGGAGAUGUUGAAGUAUCUAGAAUAGCUCUUGUCGUUGUCUUAACUCUUCUAACAUCCUUGGCUCUGGUAACAGCGAAAAGAUCUUCUUCAUCAUUGGGAUUGGGUAAACUCAUAGUCGUCUUGUAGUUAGUCCAAUGAUGUGAGGCAAGAGUUAUCUUCUUAUAUUUGAUGUUUUUCAUUUUCUAAAAUAAUGACUUGUUCUGCAGGAGACAGAAGUUCCCCGACAUCGGAAGAAAGCUGCAUCGCAGAAUACGUAUCCAGUCGCGUUUUACCACUGCUUUAAUUGUCAGCAGUCUGCGUUUUUAUCCCAGGGGCUGGCCCGUCUGAGCUGGAAUCUUGGCCUUGGUUUUGCAGAACCUGUAGGUACAACUCGCUAAAAUUCAGUAGAGGUAGACCUACUUCACUAUUUCACAGGAGGAUUCAUUGUUGUGAACAAGAAUACCAGAUCUUCAUCGUCAAUUCUGACUGGUGUUCAUGUUAGGAUGUUGAUUAUGAUCACAGGGCUUGAUGGAUAUUUAUAUAUGUUCCAGGGCGCGGGGCGACGGCCCCCUAGCGGCAGCGGGGGGGGGUACCGUGCGCCCUGGGCCCCUUUUCAAGGCGUCUGCCGGGGCGGGUGGAAGGCCUCAAAAGGGGGCCAAGUGGCCUCCCUCCUUCACUCUCUUCCAGGUGCUUGGCUGUCCCCUAGACAGAGGCCUCCGACGCAGGUGGAAGGCCUCAAGCGGCCGCGUCUGCUCCCUUUCCAGGUGCUUGGCUGUCCCCUAGAGGCCUCCGACGUAGGUGGAAGGCCUCAAGAGGGGGCCAAGGGGCCGCCUCCGCUUCCUUCCAGCUGCUUGGCUGUCCCCUAGAGGCCUCCGACGUAGGUGGAAGGCCUCAAGAGGCGAGGGGCUGGACCCUCUGAGCUGUGCAGCCUGUACCCUCCGGGCCCUUGGUCAUCGGCUUGCUUGCUCUUGCGGCCGUGGCCGCUUUCGGCGGCCUUUUACCCCGGAGACCUCCCGCCGGCGAGGGUCCGGAGACGCCAGGAGGUCCCGUAGGAACACGCUGAGAGGCCCAAGGGGAGGACAGCCGGCCCUGCGUCAUAUAUAAGUAUGAAGAUCUACGUACUCAAGGUCAAGCCAUCCUCGGCAGUUGACUCCGCACUUACUGAAUAUGUCUCUGACUGUAGGUUGGGACGUCUGCUUCGAGUGUGCUCCGCGUGCCGCUUGUAAGACAUGCCCGAAAAGCAAACAGUGGCAGGCUGCACGCUCCGGUAGUAGGGAUAGCACGGCGUUGGCCCUGGAUCGUGGAUGCACCGCGGAUGUGCGAGACCAUGAUUGUGAGGUGAUCAUCUAGAAGUACUGAAAAAGAGAACAAUUUUCAUUUUCAGAUCUUGAAAAUAUAAUUUUUUCACUUUCAUCUUUUUCUGGUGUCCGAGAUGUGUUUUUGUGUACUUAGGGAGUAUGAGCAUAAAUGAUUCUGAUUGAUAUUGCUGAGCAUGUGGAUGUCGUGUUACAUUCAAGGGUUUGAAUUUUACUAGUAGCAGGGUAAACAAGCUUCAGUUGUAGCGAGGAUAUGAGUACAGUGGGAACAACCACUGUUGUUACGACGUGCAGUUUUUCUCCUUGUCGUGUUACUGAGACUAUGGCUACGUAAACCUAAAAUAAGACUUGAAUUUCUAAUAUCUACGAGAACUAGUAUUUGUAGCGUGCUUCUAUUGCGAGUACUAGUUACUGUUGGGCGUAGAAAAUGUAAGUCGGAAGAAUAACAUCUUACCAAGGGGAACAAUGAGAACAAAAGCGAUUGAUUUCGUCUCGUAAUAUAGUUUUUAAUUUUGUUGAUAUGAGGGAAGGUGGCUGGCAUUAAUUCAUGAUAAUGUGACUCUCCAUAAAUUGACAUCAUAAUUGUAGUCUUUUGUAUCUAAAUCUAUUUUUUGUUAUCUGUAAAACGCACCAGACUCAGAACCAGAAACUUCACCAGUCAUUUUUAGUCAAGAACAUCAUAAAAACCAUAAGAAGUAGCAGGUCUGCCAUCUUAGGUUGAUGAUAUAUAAUGAUGACAUGACCACGACAGCGUGAAGCGACCAAGAAGCAAAGCAACGAAGGCACAAGCAGAUAUGUGUCAACAUCUCUAUUCGUCGAUAGAGUCCGGAAUCCCUCCUAUUCAAUUGACCUAUCCUAGGUCGUAGAAGGUACAGCCACAAACAUAAGAUAAUGGAGUAACGAGCAGAAGCUUUUUUGUCGUGCCUGCCGGUUCUACCUCCACAAGAGUCCUCUUUGGACGCUUACAACUUCCGUCUCUUGUACUU